CAUGUAUAGCACUCAAUCUUUAACGGAAAGCAACGAGUUGGAUGAUUACAAAACAUUACUAGACACGGGAAUGAGACAGAGGAUAAAGCAAAUUGCAAAGCUAUUGAUGGUUCUCAUCCUACCUGUUGCAACUUUGAUAGUUUUUGCCGGUAUACAAACAGCUUCAGCAAUUCGAGAAGAGUCAAGAGCAUCGCGAGCAGCAUCCGAUCUACAGCAAUAUUUUCUCAUCGAUCAGUUAAUAACCAACCUGCAAGUUGAGCGUGGUAUUACAGCAACAUAUUUGAGUUCAAAUGAAACAAAUAAAGAUGCUUAUGAAAAAAUGCUUCAUAUACAAAAUGCUACCACCAAGAUAUUUUACAGUGUAGAAACUUGGCCAUCUGGAGGAUUAAAGGUUAGAGAAGAAAUAUAUGAAACAAAAGAAGAUCUUCUUAAUAAAAUUAUUGAAUUUCGAAAAAAACCUCAAAAAAAUGUGAAUGGCACAAUGUUUUAUUAUACUUAUAUAAUCAACGAACUGAUGUCAUGGACAGCACGUUUCAUAGAUUUACCAAUCGGUUUAAAAAAUUUCGAUCUAGUUGCAAUAGUGGCUCUCUUAGCUUCUGGAAACGAAAUUGGAAUUCAAAGAGGCUUUGUAUGUUGGAAACCUGACAAGUUAUCAUAUUGUAAAAUAUUAAAUUAUUUAAAUAAUACUUGUCAGGGUUCCUCCUGGAUAACUAGCUGUAAUAUGUCUCCAAAUGAUUUGGCAUAUUUGACAAAAGCAACUAAUCAAAAUGAUCUAUGGUUGAGAUUAUCAUUCAUGUAUAGCUCAUAUGUUGAAAAGACACACAAGUUGAAAAUCAAGGAAAUAUCAAAUAUUUUUACUUCCAUCUUAACAAUAAAAGAGUUUUUAAUGGGCUCGAAUUUCGUAAAUGACUGUUUAAAAUUUAGCUCUGCAGAAAGAAAUGAAUUGGCUAAUAAAUGGUUUGAACACAACACUAUAUACUUGGAUAAAAUACAAGAACUUCGAGUAGAAUUAUCCGUUAAGAUUAAAGAAGAAAUUGAAGAUAUUGUGAAUAGUACUAAAAGAAUUCAAAUAAUUUAUACAACAGUAUUGACAGCAGUCGUUUUAAUUUGUAUUUCUCUUUGUAUUUGGUACACUCACUGCGUAAACUCGUUAACAUAUAAAGUAGCCUCGUAUGCAGUUCAUAAAGCUGAAAAGUCUAAAGAACUAGCAAAAGAAAAAAAAAAAACAGAAGUGCUACUUUACCAGAUGCUACCCAAAUCCGUUGCAGAAUCUCUAAAGAAAAAGAAACCAGUUAAAGCGGAAUUCUUUGAGAGUGCAACGAUAUUUUUCAGCGAUAUAGUUGGAUUUACCGAGAUUGCAGCAAAGAGUAGCCCUCAAGAGCUAGUUGAAUUAUUGAACGGUCUAUACAGCAUGUUUGAUAAGACUAUUGGAAAAUAUAACUUGUAUAAGGUUGAAACUAUUGGUGAUGCUUAUAUGGUUGCAUCUGGCGUACCUGAACCAUUUAAACAACACGCUCAGGAAAUGUGUAUUUUUGCGUUGGAGAUAAGAGAGUCGUUGAGUCAUUGCUAUGUUCCCCAUCUCCCAGAUGAAGUACUGUAUGUUCGAAUAGGAAUUCAUUCAGGGCAAUGUUGUGCUGGAAUUGUUGGAAUAAAAAUGCCUAGAUAUUGCCUCUUCGGAGAUACAGUUGAGAUUUUCUUUAUUAAAUUUGUUCAAGCAUAG